GACACACACACACACAUACAAACAUGCACGCACACACAUUCCUUUCCAGUCACUCUGAGGGGCAGGCACAGAGCAUGCUAGAAGUCUAAAGCAAAGAAUCCUGCACAGUCGCUUGGUCACAGACACAACUGAGUUAGAAGAACAGGAGAACGAGUGAGAGAGAGAGAGAGAGAGAGCACCAGGGGAGGUCAGAGGACACAGUUCAUACUCUGCAUCUCUUUAUGGACGCCUGGCUUCAGAUCCUCCACCACGCAGUGUCUAUGUAACAGCUGUCAAUGCGUACUACCACGUGCACAAAACUUUGCACAAGACGCAGUUUUUUUUUCUACAAGAGGAUACACCGGGGGACAAACGUUCUACACUUUAAAAGUGUAAGGAUACAACCAGACGAGCAAUGAUCUCGACAUGUUCUUUCCCAAGGAGGUCCCACUGCAUAUCUUGAACCGCUGGACAUGCAAACACACUUCUGAUUCCAGACUAGUGAAAGCAACAAGAUAAACCAUUCCAAGAUCUGCUUGACAUCUAGCUCUGCAUUCCCUGGUGCUGACAUGCUCUGGUGGACAGUCGCCUAUCGCUCCCUGUGUUUAGCGGCUCUGCUGGUGGUGGCCAGUUGCGCUGUGGGUGAGCAGAAAAAGACAGCAGAUGAGGGAUCACGCAGCUCCUCUGGGAGGGCCAGCAGCACGGGCAGCAGUGCAGGAGGUUCUUCCAGUCGCCGGUACCACAAACUGCAGCAUGGCCAAUGUACCUACACCUUCAUCCUCCCAGAAGGCGACGGGAACGCAGGUGUGUCCUGCCGCGAGACGAAAGCAGGCACUCAGCAAAACGCCAACUCCCUUCAGAGGGAUGCUCCUCCACCUGAACCUGACUACUCCAACCAGAAGAUUCAACAGCUGGAGCACAUCAUGGAGAACUACACACAGUGGUUACAGAAGAUUGAGACCUACAUCAAGGAGAGCUUGAAGGCAGAGAUGGCCCAGUUACAGCAAAGCGCCGUCCACAAUCGUACAGCAGCCAUGCUGGAAAUGGGAACCAACCUUCUGUCCCAGACGGCCGAACAGACCCGAAAGCUGACUGAUGUUGAGACUCAGGUUUUGAAUCAGACAUCCAGGCUGGAGAUUCAGCUUCUGGAGAACUCAUUGUCCACGAACAAGCUGGAGAAGCAGCUCAUGGUGCAGACUAAUGAGAUCAGUAAACUCCAUGAUAAGAACGGGUUUUUGGAGUCGAAGAUGCAGGAAAUGGAGGCAAGGCACAGGGAGGAGCUGGAGGUACUGAGGGAGGAAAAGAGCAAUCUGCAGGCGCUUGUGGUCAGGCAGAGCGGUGUGAUUCUUGACUUGGAGGCUCAGCUGGGCAAAGCCUCAGGCAACAGCACCGUGCUGCAGAAGCAACAGCAGGACCUGAUGAACACCGUGCAUAGCCUUCUCAACCUCUGCUCCAAGGACGGAGCGGUGCCUAACAGCACAAAACAAGCUGACGAGGAGAAGAAAUACCGGGAUUGUGCUGAUCUCUAUGAGGCAGGCUUCCAGAAAAAUGGAGUAUACACCAUCAACACUGGUCCACAAGAAACUAAAAAGGUAUACUGUAAUAUGGAGUCUGCUGGAGGAGGAUGGACGGUAAUUCAACGCAGAGAAAACGGCAGUGUCGACUUUCAAAAGACAUGGAAAGAGUACAAGAUGGGCUUUGGGAGUGUGUCAGUUGAGCACUGGCUGGGGAACGAGUUCGUGUACACGCUGACCAGCCAGAGACAGUACACGCUCCGUGUCGAGCUCACGGACUGGGACGGACAUCAGGCCUUCUCCCAGUACGACCGAUUUCACAUUGGCAGUGAGAAAAACAAGUACAGAUUGACCUUGAAGAGCCACAGUGGGACGGCGGGCAGACAGAGCAGUCUGGUGAUCCACGGAGCAGACUUUAGCACCAAAGACAUGGACAACGACAACUGCAUGUGCAAAUGCGCCUUGAUGUUGACCGGAGGCUGGUGGUUUGAUGCCUGCGGCCCGUCGAACCUGAACGGGAUGUACUACACCAAAGGACAACAUGUUGGCAAACUCAACGGCAUCAAAUGGCACUAUUUCAAAGGGCCGAGUUACUCUCUCCGUGCGACUGCGAUGAUGAUCCGACCUCUGGAGUUUUCCUAGAUCUUCUUACAAAAACCCACUGUGUAUUCGGGAAAGUUGUGUUUAAAAUAGUUCGACGAUUCAUUAAAACUGGACACCCUAUAAGUGUUUUGGUACGCUACGUGUACUCGACGAUACACGGAUUCUGUGACAUUUGCAAUAUUCUUUCCACCUUUUAUGGAGAAAAAAGGGGGGGGGGGGCUUCAGAGAAAAGAAGCGGCGUCUAAUAUUAUCGCAGGAGAUGAUUAACUCUAUGGAGGAUUGAAGAGAGUGUUCUUGACUGGCUUUUAUUUUUAUGUAUCAGAGAUAUGAACUCGAAUGCCAUUGCUGGGUGACUGUCAGCUGCUAAUGCGGGUGAAGCACCUUUGAUAGGAGCAGACCGGAUGAUACUGCACAUGUACAAGCCUGGGGCUUCAUUUUAAUACUCCAUGGAAUAAACUUUCACGCAGCUGGAAAGAAAAACCACUGACUUGGACCUUUUUGUACGGACGGUGUUGCCACUAAACCAUAUUAUAUUGUAUUAUUACACAUAGUACAGUACAUGUUUUACCUACACACAUUUUUUUUGUACAUUACACAAAACGGAGAAGGAAACUUAGCGUACAGCUUACCAAGGAUUAUAAAAUGACAUAUCAUGUGAAAGAAAAGUGUUUGAAAUUGAAUCUAGAAAAUAGGGUUUGGCUUAUGGUAACUUUCAGAGUCUAUUUUUUUUUUUAAUAUUAUUGUUGGCUAUUCUUUCUAUUAAUACAGGCUAUUAUUACAUUGAUGACCUUUAGCUGCAUUAUCGCUAGCAGUCACAAUUAGCAUACAGGCCGUGUACAAUGUGAACUCUUUACUCCGAGGUAACAGAAUGUAUGUAAAAAAAAAAAAAAACCUUUCUCUGCUGUGACAUACAGUACAGUACACUUUGCUUACUUACUUUUUUACUUUCUCAUUAAACUUAUUGUGCAUCGAAAUCAGAUCUAUUAAAGAAGGAAAAACCACAAACACAACUUUCGAAGUGCAGGCACUAUCUAAAAAAACUUGAGCAUCACGUUAUGAAAUUUUACUACAUGUUCCUUUCUUUAAUAAAAAAAAAUAUAUAAUAUUCAAUUAUACCAUCAUCCAUUAGAUUUACAUACAUGAAACAUUUUUUUAUAAACAUUGUAUGCAUUGAAUCAUUGUUUUACAUAAUUGAGCUUAAAACAUGGAUACAAUGCAAAUGUAUCAUUAAUUCUUAAUACGCAAAGAAAUAAUAAUCUUUUGUAUACCUUUGCUGUCUUUUUGAAGUGCGUGGCAGUAUAUGGUUGUAUUGAAUUAUGAUGCACACACACACAUACAAUAUCUAAAAACUGAUUUAUCGGAAGCACCUGUAAUGUCGUUUGACCUGUAGUGAAGAAUACAGCCUGUUUCUUUGUUCAUCUAUGAAAACGCUGUUUUAAUACAACUCAGCUGAAGGAUAAUAAAAGUGGCUCAUUUAA